AUGCCCGAAGUCGAUGCAAUACAAGAAUCUUUAACAAAAGAAACAGGCAAUUUGCUGUUUCAUCAAAUUCGUCAGAAAGAAAGCAAAGAUAUCUUUGCUGAUUACAUAAUACUCAUUAAAACCGUUUCGUUAAAGAAUUUUACGCCAGCUGACAAGGCGGUUCAUAAUAAAAAACUCGAAAAAACAUGCAGAACUGUCUUGACAAGGUUGCAACAGGCUGGUCUUCGAGCUGAAAUUCGCAGAGGUUCUGAAAAUUUUAUUUUUGUGUUCGUUAUAUGUGAAUCACAGAGGUUAAAAAGAGAGGUCGAAAUGUCGAGAAUUCACGACUGGUUUGCGGGUGUUCGGAAAAGAGACAUUCAGGAUGAUGAGGAGGAAAGUAACGAACCUUUAACAGAUUCUGAACGAUUACGCCUAAUAUACGAAAUUAUAACGAAUCCUACUCAAGAAGGAGGUGCUGGGAUUAAUCCUGGACUUGGUGAUUUUGAUUUGGUCGAAAGUAUAUUACCUCUUCAUGAUGACGAAUAUAAUGAGGACUGGAUAAAGACUUGGUCAACUAAAUGGAUAAUCGAAAAAGAAGACCUAUUCAGAUUGAGAAAUCAUUUUGGAGAAAAGAUCGCAUAUUAUUUCGCUUUUCUUCAAUAUUAUUGUGUUUGGCUUAUCGCGCCAUCAGUUGUCGGAAUAUUUACUUGGUUAUUUUUAUCCGAAUAUUCCAUCUUCUUUGGAGUAUUUAUCGUUCUGUGGUCCGUAAUAUUCACAGAAUUUUGGCGACGAAAGGAGUAUGAAUUUGCUAUUUUAUGGGGGGUUCAUAACUACUCUCGGGUUGAACGUCGUCGACCAACUUUCCAAGAAGAACGUUUCGUUUCCGAUCCCGUAACUGGCGAAAUGAAACCGUAUUUUUCUCCAUGGAAAAGAUGGUUACGAAGAGCUGUCGCGGCUCCUAUAAUUAUUAUGUUCAGUUUAACAUUAUCGGUGGCGUUGCUUUUCUAUUAUUUAUUUGAAGUUUUAAUGUCCGAGUAUUAUGAUGGGCCAUUCAGAGAACAGUUGAUAUAUCUACCGACUGUAGCUUAUUGUGCCCUAGUUCCUACCCUUAACAUGUUUUACGCAAAGAUUGCACGACGUCUCAAUGAAUAUGAGAAUUAUGAGACAGAGUCAUAUUAUGAAUUUAACCUCACUCAAAAGAUUUUCAUAUCAAAUUUCCUCAUAGGCUAUCUUUCAAUAUUCUUUAUUGGUUGGAUUUAUAUUCCCUUUAAUGAUGAAAUUGGGCAACACUUCCAGAGUUUCUUUGAAAUCUUCGGAUUAACGCUUAAAAUUAAGCAUGUUGGACCAGAAAGAUUAAUGAAUGAAUUGAAAUAUUUUGUUUUGACCGCUCAAAUUAUGAGCCUUUUCAUGGAAAUUGGAUUACCAUACUUACUUCGAGCCGGAGCGGUUGGGGUUAAGAAAAUUCAACGAAAUACUACCAAAGAUGGAGCAAGAAAUGAAGAUGAAUCUACAUUUUUGAAGAGAGUUAGAAAAGAAGCGAAAUUGCCCGUUUUAUUUUCAGUCAUAUGGCCAUUAACACCUGUAGCGGCACUUAUCAAUAAUUGGGUAGAAUUACGUUCCGAUGCCAUUAAAUUGUGUGUACAUACUCGACGACCCAUUCCAUGUCGUGCUGAUAGCAUUGGUCCAUGGUUGGAAAACUUGAAUUUACUCAUUUGGCUAGCAGCAAUAACAAAUCCAUCCUUGCUUUAUCUAUAUCAUCCGACCUCAAACGCGUUCUCAUCUGCUUCAUUAAUGGUCGUAAUGGCACUUAUAUUUUGUGCCGAGCAUCUCCUCAGUUUAAUUCACAGUCUUGUAAAACAAAUGAUGUUAGCAAUCCCAAGUCCAGCAGAUGAUUAUAUUAAAAAACAAGAAUAUGAGGCUAAGAAAUGGUUACUGGAAAAGAAAGCAGGAAAAUCUCCAGUUAGAUCUAGAUCACAAAGUAUUGAUACUCUCAACUUGCAGGGAACUGAAGAAUAUUCCUCAGAACUUGAAGUAUCUCUUCUCCAUGCUAUCCAUGACUAUAAGUCCGAAUGA